AUGAUGUUCCACCGAAGAAAAAAAGAACCAGACACAUUACCUCUUUCAAACUCACCACAACAAUCACACACACCAAUUUCACCAAUGCCUUCAACUUUUUUUAGAUUCAGAACUUCGACACUAACCGCUUCAUUUACGUCUUUCAUAUUAUUUCUUUCAUUACUUCUUAAUUUUUAUUUCCUUUUAAUUCUGUGGGCCCCAUACUCUACCACGAUAGGACCUUCCGCCGUUGUAUCUCGUCUCUCUCCAACGACGCGCCGUCAUGUUCUAUUCUCCGUCGCUUCGUCUUCUCUCUCAUGGCAACACCGUCAGUCUUACGUUCAUCUCUGGUAUUCCGCUAAAUCCACCCGCGCGCUCGCUUUUCUUGACUCGCCGCCGGGUAAUUCGUCUCCUUUGUCUCCGCCGAUUGUGAUAUCCGGCGACGCGUCUGGAUUUCCUUAUACUUUGCAGGGAGGGCUUCGAUCGGCGAUCCGUGUGGCUAGGGUUGUGAAGGAGGCGGUGGACCGGAACGAAACGGAUGUUCGGUGGUUUGUGUUUGGGGAUGAUGAUACGGUUUUCUUUGUGGAGAAUGUUGUGAAGACGCUUUCGAAGUAUGAUCAUGAUCGGUGGUUUUACGUUGGGAGUAACUCGGAGAGCUAUGAUCAGAACACGAUGUAUUCGUUUGAGAUGGCGUUUGGUGGAGGUGGUUUCGCUAUUAGUCAUUCGCUUGCGAAGGUUUUAGCUAGGGUUUUGGAUUCUUGUUUGAGGAGGUAUGGUUUUUUGUAUGGGAGUGAUGCUAGGAUCUAUUCAUGUGUUGCUGAGCUUGGUGUUACCUUAACUCAUGAACCUGGAUUUCAUCAGUUAGAUAUGCGAGGGAAUUUGUUUGGAGUGCUGGCGGCACAUCCAUUAUUUCCUCUAUGUUCCCUUCAUCACUUGGAUGCUGUGGAGCCUAUCUUUCCCGACAUGAAUAGAACACAAGCUUUGGGACGUCUUAUUGAAGCUGCAAGUAUUGAUCCCGCGAGAAUUCUGCAGCAAACUGUCUGCUACGAUCGAUCGAGUUCUUUGACAUUCUCAGUUUCUUGGGGUUUUGCUAUCCAAGUUUAUCAAGGAAAUGUACUUCUACCUGAUCUCCUUGCAGUGAAAAAAACAUUUGCCCCUUGGAGGAAGAUUCAUUCCAAUUUCAUGCUUGACACUAGAGACUAUCCUAGUGAUCCUUGCAAAAGGCCUUCUAUAUUUUUCUUGAAAAGUGUUGCAUCUGAUAAAAGAGGCAUUCAGAGCAAUUACACUAGACAUGUAGAAAAGACGUGCCCUAAAUCAAAUCCUAACCUGCCGAGUAAGAUCAUAGCUUAUUCAAGAAAGUUGGAUCAUAGUAUUGAAGAGAUGAAAGCUCUCCGUCGUCAGUGCUGCAACGUCUUGCCAUUUUCAAAUGAAACAAUCAGUAUUCAUAUUAGACAGUGCGGAAACAAUGAACUGAUAUCAAUGGAAUCAUAG